AUGGCAGAUUUCAAAACAUCAUCGAGUAUAUUGACCAAAGAAUGUUUAAGAACCCAAAUUUGUGGUGAAGGCGAGUGGCCAAAAAAUACAGUAAUAUACCAGCCUUAUGAAACAGAACAAAUCCUAUUACCUGACAACUCAAAAUGUUUAUCGGUUAAAACAUUUUUAAAAAUGGCUGGAUUAGAAUUCAUUGUGGAAGCCAGAGAAAAUGCCGAAUAUAUGUCACCACAUCGAGGUAAAGUGCCGUUCAUUAAAGCAGGCCAGUUUUUAGUUGCUGACUUUGAACCAAUCGUCAGUUUUGCUCAAUCUAAAGGUUAUUCGCUAUCAACAAGUUUAGAUGAAACUCAAAAGUGGGAUCUAAGAGUGUACAUGGCACUAGUGAAUAAUGUUCUUUUAAAUGCUGAGAUUUAUGUAACAUGGAACCACGAGCUUACUUAUAAAGAACUCACCAAGCCAAGAUACAGUUCCGUUUAUCCUUUCCCAUUGAACCACUGGGCUACAUAUAAUAAGCGCCGUGAAAUGUUAUCACAUUUAGAUGUGUUAGGUUGGAAAAAAAAAUCUUUGGAUGAAGUAUUUAAGGAAGUGGAAAGAAUCUGCGAGUCAUUGUCAAACUUUUUGGGGGACAAGAAAUACUUUUUUUAUGAAAAGCCGACUGAGUUGGACGCUUUAGUAUUUGGUCAUUUGUUUUCCAUCAUAACAACACCACUAUUAAACAAUCGAUUUGCUGCUACUGUCAGAGCUUAUGACAAUCUAGUUCAAUUGUGUGUACGCAUUGAAACAGAAUUUUAUCAGUCUAGAAUUCUAUGA